AUGAGAGAUACCGCCUCCCGUUUGGUGCGCGCCGGGUACGCCAUCUACGGGGUAGAUCACGAGGGACACGGCAGGUCAUCUGGCCUGAGAUGCUACAUACCAAACUUCGGCGACGUUAUCGACGAUUGCUCCAGUUAUUUUAAGAGUGUUUGCGAUAAGCCGGAGAACAGGGAGAAGAAGCGGUUCCUGUACAGGAUCUCCAUGGGUGGGAGCGUGGCGCUUCUCCUCCACAGGAAGGAGCCGGCUUACUGGGAUGGCGCCGUUCUGCUUGCUCCUAUGUGCAAGAUUUCUGAUGACAUGAAGCCUCAUCCGGUCGUGGUCAGCGCUCUCAAGAUGGUAUGCGCGGUGGCGCCUAGUUGGAGGAUCAUACCAACUCCGGAUAUCCUUGACAAAGUUUGCAAAGAUCCAGAGAUGAGGAAACAGGUACUACAGCUACUGCACGUGCGAAAGAAAAAGGCUGAUCAUAGUUACUGA